AUGGCACGUGGCGGCAUCGGUGAGAUCGCUUCGGAGCAAGGCUACCGUUCGCGAUGGGUAGAGGCAGCAGUGCUACCAGCGCCGGUGCUCUUGCACUGCACGUGCUCAUCUGAGCAGCACUUGCACCUGGACACCAGUGUCCCCUUCACGAGCAAAGAUGCCGAGCAUCAGCCUAGCGCUUCAGCGCCGAGGGCUCCUCUGAGUGCAUCUGCGCCGUGCGGCCUGGCACCAACCCAGGUCAGCCAAUCUACUUUCUCAGCUGCCUGUUUCGAUUUUAUUACUCUGUGCAAGAUUGUCUCCUUGUUCUCGGUGCUGUGGCUAGGUCUGGCCCGAGAGUUCAGCGCCUCCAUCUGCUUGCUAGCAGCCAGUCAAGAGCAGGAGCAGAAAUCUGUGUCGUGGAUCUUGGUGUCCGCCAUCAUCGAGUCUUCAAACUACGACACCAUCACUGUGGACGAGCUGUUCAGCAAGCUCAAGUCCACCGAGAUCGACUACCAGACUCAAGACAAGUUCAAGAAUCCCUCUGCACCGACUAUGGCUUUAGUCUCAGGUAACAGUUCAAGUUCUUCAGCUAACCCUUCACAGAUGUCGUUUGCCUUGUCUUCUUUUGUGUCUGCUUCAAAGGAGCAGUUGGAGACCCUUGGGGAUGACGAGCUGGCGUUGAUCAUCAGCCGGUUCUCGCGGUUCCACAACAACCGCUUGAACCGCCGCCGGGGCGGUGAUCAAAAGGUGGGCUGCUACAACUGUGGAGAUCUCGACCACUUCGUCGCCCACUGCCCCAAGAAGAACAAGCACUCCUCCGACAAGUACGACUCCGGCAAGCGCAAGGACAAGCAUGACUACACCUCCAAGAAGUACAAGUCAAAGAAGGGCUUCGAUAAGGAGGCGCUCAAGAAGAUGUACCGCAAGAAAGCCAAGGCGCAAGAGCGUGCCUUCCUUGCUUCCCUCAGCGACCUCGACAAUGACUCCGGCGAUGACCGCUCCUCUUCUCCCUCGAGUGACGAUGAGUCCGAGAGGAAGAUGGAGGAGAAGCUGACCGGUCUUUGCUUCGUCGCCGACUCCACUCACGGAGGCUUCUGCACCAUGGCGAUUGAUGAAGAGGUGAAGGCCAGCAAGGAUGAGGUCUCCUUCGACGACGACACCUCCGAGAUCGGAGGCCUGGAGAACACGUGGCUUGUUGAUUCCAGUUGUUCGCGCCACAUGACCGGAAGUUCAAAAUGGUUCUCCAACCUCAACCCCGUGCAAUGUAAGGAGUACAUCACAUUCGGGGACAAUAGCAAAGGUAAGGUGCUUUCUCAUGGGACCAUUCGGGUCAAUGAGAAUUUUGUAUUGAAGGAUGUUGCUUUGGUUUCGAAUCUGCAUUUCAAUUUGCUUUUGGUUUCGCAACUCCUUCAGGAUGGUUUUGAGGUGCGCUUUAAGACUGGUUUGUCUCGAGUUCUUGAUUCUCAGGGAAAUCUUGUUUGUCAGAUUGUCCCUUUUGGUCGUGUCUUUCGAGCUGAUUUUUCUCACGCUUUUGGCUCUUCUCGUUGUCUUGUGGCCGGAUCCUCCUCUGAUCUUUGGAAGUGGCAUAGGAGACUUGGUCAUUUGAGCUUUGACUUACUAGCUAGGUUGAGCUCACUUGACAUAAUCCGAGGAUUGCCCAAGUUGAAAUUUGAGAAGGAUUUGGUUUGUCACCCUUGUCGUCACGGGAAGAUGGUUGCUGCUUCUCACCCUCCUGUGACUCAGGUCAUGACCAAGGGACCCGGUGAGCUACUUCAUAUGGACAUAGUUGGUCUGGCUUGGGUUCGGUCAGAGGGAGGGAAGUGGUAUGUUCUAGUGAUCGUGGAUGAUUUUUCUCGCUACUCUUGGGUGUUUUUCAUGCAGGGUAAGGAUGAGGCUUUUUCUCAUGUUCGAGAUUUGAUUCUUCGGUUACAAACUGAGUUGCCUAAGAAUGCCAUGAGAGCUAUACGCAGUGAUAAUGGCACAGAAUUCAAAAACACUCAGUUUGAUACCUUCUGUGUUUCUUUGGGUCUCGAGCACCAGUUUUCCUCUCCUUAUGUUCCCCAGCAAAAUUGUGUUGUUGAGCGUAAAAAUCGGACCCUUGUUGAGAUGGCCAGGACGAUGCUCGAUGAGCAUAGGACUCCUAGGAGAUAUUGGCUGAGGCGAUCAACACCGCCUGUCAUGUCUCCAAUCGCAUUUUUCUUCGAGCCUUCUUGAAAAAGACUUCUUAUGAGUUGCGAUUUGGUAGACUACCCAAGGUAAGUCACUUCAGGGUGUUUGGCUGCAAGUGUUUCAUCUUGAAGCAAGGUAAUUUGGACAAAUUUGAGUCCAGGUCCUCCGAAGGUAUUUUUCUUGGUUAUGCUUCUCAUUCUCAUGCAUAUCGUGUACUUAACCUUGAAACUAACCGAGUCGCGGAGACCUGUGAGGUCACAUUCGAUGAGACUAUGCCUUGUUCUUCUCCUGUCUUUGAAUGUGCAGGUGAUCAGGAGAUUGGUGAGAGCAUCUUUGUUGAGGACGAUGCAGAAGAUGCUGAUUGGGGUGAUCCCGAGCCGACACCACUGGCUGCCCCUCUCGCGUCUUCGACGACUACUUCGGCUGACGGCCCCGAUCCUUCUUCUUCCACUACUUGGGGUCCGAUCGAGCAGCCUCCUCAGCCUACACCGGCUGUCCCUGAGGAGGCCCCAGCUGCAGUUGAGGGGGAGGCGACUUCUUCAAGGGAAGCACCUCGACACAUUCAGCG